UGAAUACACUCGCCGACGUUUAAAGAGCUUUCAGAAGACUAUGAAUUAUACAGUAUUCUCUGUCUGGAGUUUUGUUUCGUUAGCUAAUAUCUGCACUUCCAAGUCUCCAGUGUUCACUACUAGUUACUUUUACCGUCUUCGUGCGUUCAAUAAAACACCUGAAACACCACUUUGGUCAAUGGCUUCACCCGCAAUGCGCUGUUUAUGGUUGUGCCUGGACUUGGGAGACGCCUGUUUCGGUUGGAAAUACACAGAGUCGUUACGUAAGUGUAGUGUUCUUACAGAAGUUUCAGAUACAGAGAAGCCAAAGAAUAGCGAGGAUGUGUUUCUAAAACCUAUCACGUGUAGGAAUACAAACUGUUUGCAUGGUGGCGAAUGUCGAAACCUGCCUAGUCCAAGAUUGUCGUCUGCUCUGGCUUUCCUCUGUAGGUGUCGCUGUGGUUCUUGUGGUGUGCACUGUGAAAGAUUGAACUUCGGUCGACAGAAACGUAGAGGAAUCGUCGAGAACAAUAUAGGAAGAAUAACAGCUGAGACACCAGAAACUUGCCAGACGAUAUGCCUAACCACACCAGCGUGUCGAUCGGUGGAUUAUGCCAGGAAAGACAAGCGGUGUUACUUGAAUAAAGUUAAUCAUACAGAGCCUAGAGCUAAACUUGAAGUGUUUGAGAAUAUAGACUAUUAUUAUCCAGUUUGUAUGUGUUAGUUAUUUCGGAAAAUCGUGAGAAUCACGAGUUUUUCAAACUAACGUUACAAAGCAUGAAACACCAUUUAUACUGUAAAGGGCCUGAUAUGUUUCGUCAGCCCCUGGAAAAAGAGAACGAGUUAGGUCCAUUGUAUUGAAAAGUGUUUUGAUUCAUACCUUUUAAAGUCGUUCUCUUGCCUAUAUUUUCAUAGUUUUGGGGCUUUAAAGAGUAAAAGAGGCGUUUUCAGUCAUAUAUUUCGACAAUAAAGAAGCUUAUAAAGUAGAAUUUCCUCUCUACAUUCCAUACUUCUUACAAUUCUAAUUAUGUAUUCUAUUUUUGUAACAGAGUUAAUACUUAACUUUUCUGCUAGGAUAAGAAUCGUUUUAGUAAGUUAAAUUUUGUUUGGAUAAUUUUUUUA